AGAGUUUCUCCUCUGUUAUAUUGUUAUGAACAUGUCCAGUUCUAAUUGCAACAGAUCAAUGUCAUUUGGGUUGAUAAAGAUUCUUGUCUUUUUGAUCUUCAUCUCAAAUGUUACCUUAAAAUCUGAGGGACAGUUUCAUGAUUGGUGCAUAGCUGAUGAACAGACACCAGAUGAUGAGCUGUUACAGGCACUUAUUUGGGCAUGUGGCAAUGGUGCAGAUUGCAGCAAAAUACAAGAAAAUCAGCCAUGUUACCUCCCAAAUACAGUGAGAGAUCAUGCUUCUUAUGCAUUCAAUAGCUACUACCAAAACUCAAAGCAAAAAGGGGCAAGUUGCUACUUCAAUUCUGCUGCUGUUUUAACUGCUCGUGAUCCAAGCCAUGAUGCAUGCAAAUUUGAGGUUAUUCCUUGAUCGAUCUUCUUUCCCAGAUUGGAAGAGUUAAAAAUUAUGCUUUUCUUGUUAUUCCUUCGUUUAUUUAUUUCUUUUUCUUAUUAUUACUUAUAUAAACUUAACAAAAAAUUAAACUACAUGAAAUGAUGUGAGAAUUUUUCUU